AACUUUGAAGGGAAAUUUUGCUUGAGGUUCAAUGACCAUUGCAAGCAAGACUGAAUGAGGGAGAGGCAAAUCAACCGCUGGUCGGAUUCCAAGUUUUCUUCUGUCCUUACAGUUCGUAUCUGGGACUUCUUCUACACUUCUACCCCGCACUUUGUACACAUUCAUGAUUCGUCUACAGACCUUGCCAAAAUGUAUUUUCACCGCCUCAGAAAUGUCGCCUCCCUAAUAUUCACCCUUGCCCUUUUAUCAACUGUGUUGGCAGCAGUAAUUCCCGCACCUUCCUCGGUCAACGCUCAACCACCCAAUCCCCUUCCUUCGACCCAAGCAGGAAUGCACCAAAAAGCGACACGAGCUUUGGUUCAUUUUCCGGGAACAGCUCCGCGAGAGAAGAAGAAAUGGUACAAAGCUAGCUAUUCGGACAAAACCAUCAAAAAUGUCGCAACUAUGGAAUUUCUGUUGCCAGUGAUAGAGUAUCAACUAGAACUUGGGAAAUUGAGCGAGGCAGACUUUCAAAUCGACGGUUUCCCUUCAGAGCCCAAUAUAGAUGGGGAUUUCGUAUUUGAUGUGACCCUUCAUCUGGAACCCCCGAAACAGGUUUGGAGGGGCAAAGGAACGUUUAAGUUCAAAGACAAAUUUGCGCAGGAGAGGCGAGUGUGGGGAACACUGAUGAAUGUUGAUGGGAGUGUCGUCGGAAAGGUACGAGACAACAUGCUCGCACUGGGAUACAAGCCACUACUGAAAGAAGAUGUCGUCGAGGAUGGCGGACAGAAGAUUCUCCCCUGAAGUUCCAUGGUUCUUGGGAAUGCGCUUUAACACUGAAGUGUUCCUGUUCUGUGUUCCUUUUGUACACCCAAUCGAGUCUUUUGAUCACUUCUCCUGCCUGCAAGGUUGGAUGCUCACCGGAAAUCAUGAUAUAUAUUUGAUCUGCACUGACGAUGAGAGCACUACCGUCUAA